UUAACCAGGCUGGUGUCAAACUCCUGACCUCAGAUGAUCUGCCCCCGCCUUGGCCUCCCAAAGUGCUGGGAUAUUACAGGUGUAAGCCACCACGCCUGGCCUUAUGAUUUCUUUAUAACAGAUGAGGAACAUGGAGCCCAGAGAGGUUGGGUAACUUACCUAGGUCACACAGCUGAUGUCGAAAGCUUGUGCUCUUCCUGGGGCCAGGCCAGGAGCAAGAACAGCUGGGUCAUUGAUUUAUAACUGUUGAUAGCUUUAUCCAGCCGUUAGACUAGGGGAUCCUUGAGGAAAGGAUCUGUGUCAUGUUCAUUACCAAAUGAGUCUGGGAAGAGUUGGUGCUUAGAAAAUACUUCUUCCACAAGUAGAUUAAGUUCAUUUAUUCAUUCAUGUCCAGAAGCAGGGGAAAGGCAUUCCUGGCCUCAGGAAAAGCUUGGGCAAAGGCAUGGUGGCAAGACAGUUGCUUUCAGAGAAGUCAAGAACCUGGUGUAGCUGGAUGUCAGGAUGAGGACGGGAGGCUGGGGAGAGCUGGGAGGCCAGGCUUUGAGGGGCUCUGAAUGUCAAGUGGCAGCCCUUGGCCUUGACUAGGCAGGUCCAGGGAGGCUGCCCCCAGGUAGGAAAAGACCACCAAGGUGGUAAUUGUAGUAGCUUCCAUGACUGACCACUGACCACAGAGCGUCAGCCCUGGGCAGAACGUGUGACACACAUUGUCUGAUUUAAGCUCUCAGUUAAUACUGGGAGGUUGGUGGGAGAGGAGAGGUUAAGUGACUUGCUCAAGGUAGCAAGGGGAGUGAUUCGCCUGGAGUCUACCCAAGCCUGUGCAGUGCCCUUGGCAAUAGGCUGCCUCCCUCAGAACUCAGCUCAGGGGUUCUAGGAUCUCUACCUUGCCAGGUCUCAGCCCUGACCCUGGGCGAGAACCGCUGGGGCCACAGCAGGCGGGGCACUCAGCACUUCUGGCUGCACAAUGGCCCCUCUUGGUUCCCUGUCCCUCCUGGGUCUCUGCUGGGUUGCUGAAGGCCAGCUGACUCUGGGUUCCAGAUGGCCCCUGCUUGGGUGGGGGGACCAGGAGUGAGUCCCUAUGGAGUCUUUUAGGGUUGUGGGGUCCUUGAGUGCCGUCGAUGCAGCCUGGCCCUCAGAGAAGGCCUAGGAGAACAGCAGAUCCAGGAGGAACCUGGUCCUAGAGUCUUGGAACCGAAGUGCCCAGAGCUGGGAUCUGGGAGGCUCUUGGGUCCUCUAACAUCACCAGGGUUCAUAGAGACCCACUAGGCUAACAUUUCCCAAAGCAUGGAUGAGGUCAGCAGCCUCAAGCAAAGGGCUCUGUGCUCAAUAUACUCGAUAGACUCCCUGAGUUAAACAAAACCAAGCCUGUUGCUUUGCUGCAGGACUUCUCAGGGCCUUUAAAAUGUAAAUAUGCAUCCUGACUCUCCAAGCAGGGACAUAGUACAUUGUGUUCCACAAAUGGAUCCCUUUUGUCAGUGUCUCACUGGAGCCCAUUCUGGGAAAUACGGUUUAUAAGUGCAAACACAGAGGCCCGAAGAGGGGCAAUGAACUAUCUAACAUCACACAACGAGUUAACGGCCAAGUCUGGAUUAGAUACUAAAAUUUUCAAGUUCCAGGUCAUCAGAAAACUGAGUGGCUCUUUAAUCCUUUAUUAGGAAUUCCUUGCAUGGAUAUGGGACUUUACAACAUAAUAAAUGGUUUUAGUAAUCACAUGAAACAAUGAUGGAAAACUCCGACCUCAUGUUGCACAUCUAGUAAGGCUUCAGUUAAUAGUAUAUAUAAUUAUUGUGAUUAUAAGAAUCUAGCAUUUCGCAUGGUUUCUGGCACAUAGCUGCUCAGUGUUGAAUGAAUGUUGAAUAAAGACUAAUAAUUCACAGCUGUGUGAGAACUAAAUCAGGUGGUGGUGGUGAGCUUUGUGAACUAUACAGCUGUUUUGUUCGUAUAAUUAUCAUAAAGCUUAGGUAGGAUGGGGGUUGUGAUCCUAUGUUAUGAAUAGGGCCUGAGGCCCAGAGAGGGACAGUGAUGUGCCCAAGGUCACACGGGGUGGGAGGGGAAUCCACUGCUCUGCCAGCUGGCACUUUGGGAGCCUUUCUUGGAAGGAGCCAGGAAACCAGGAGGCAAAGUCCAUUGAAGGCUGGGGUCAGAAGGGCGGUUGGAGGCCAUGUGGCCCCUGACAACCCUGUCUCUCCUUCCAUCGGUCAUGGCCUUUCCAUGGUGUGCAGGGCACUGUCCAAGACACCAGCAGCCCUGGCACUGAACCAGACACAACACUGCAAGCAGCUGGAGGGCCUGGUGUCUGCACAGGUGCAGCUGUGCCGCAGCAACCUGGAGCUCAUGCACACGGUGGUGCACGCUGCCCGCGAGGUCAUGAAGGCCUGUCGCCGGGCCUUCGCCGACAUGCGCUGGAACUGCUCCUCCAUUGAGCUCGCCCCCAACUAUUUGCUUGACCUGGAGAGAGGGACCCGGGAGUCGGCCUUCGUGUAUGCGCUGUCGGCCGCCGCCAUCAGCCACGCCAUCGCCCGGGCCUGCACCUCCGGCGACCUGCCGGGCUGCUCCUGCGGCCCCGUCCCAGGUGAGCCACCCGGGCCCGGGAACCGCUGGGGAGGAUGUGCGGACAACCUCAGCUACGGGCUCCUCAUGGGGGCCAAGUUUUCCGAUGCUCCUAUGAAGGUGAAAAAAACAGGAUCCCAAGCCAAUAAACUGAUGCGUCUACACAACAGUGAAGUGGGGAGACAGGCUCUGCGCGCCUCUCUGGAAAUGAAGUGUAAGUGCCAUGGGGUGUCUGGCUCCUGCUCCAUCCGCACCUGCUGGAAGGGGCUGCAGGAGCUACGGGAUGUGGCUGCUGACCUCAAGACCCGAUACCUGUCGGCCACCAAGGUAGUGCACCGACCCAUGGGCACCCGCAAGCACCUGGUGCCCAAAGACCUGGAUAUCCGGCCUGUGAAGGACUCAGAACUCGUCUACCUGCAGAGCUCACCUGACUUCUGCAUGAAGAAUGAGAAGGUGGGCUCCCAUGGAACACAAGACAGGCAGUGCAACAAGACAUCCAAUGGAAGUGACAGCUGCGAUCUUAUGUGCUGUGGGCGUGGCUACAACCCCUAUACAGACCGCGUGGUCGAGCGGUGCCACUGUAAGUACCACUGGUGCUGCUACGUCACCUGCCGCAGGUGUGAGCGUACCGUGGAGCGCUAUGUCUGCAAGUGAGGCCCUGCCCUCCGCCCCAUGCAGGAGCGAGGACUCUGCUCAAGGACCCUCAGCAACUGGGGCCAGGGGUCUGGAGACACUCCAUGGAUUCUGCUUGUGAAUUCCAGAUGCCAGGCAUGGGAGGCGGCUUGUGCUUUGCCUUCACUUGGAAGCCACCAGGAACAGAAGGUCUGGCCACCCUGGAAGGAGGGCCGGGACAUCAAAGGAAACCGACAUGAUUAAAAAUAACUUGGCAGCCUGAGGUCCUGGAGUGCCCAUGGGCUGGUCUAAGGAGUGGGGCUUGGGAUUGGUGAGACUGAUACAGACGUGACCUUUCAGGCCACAGAGACCAGCCUCCGGGAACGGGUCUGCCCCUCUUCUUCAGAAUGUUCUGUGGGACCCCCUGGCCCACCCUGGGGUUGGGGCCUGCUGGGCCAACCACAUGGAACCACUAGCUUGGGUUGUAAAUGUUUUCCUUUGUUUUUUUGAUUUUUCUUCCUUUGGGAUGUGGAAGCUACAGAAAUAUUUAUAAAACACAGCUUUUUCUUUGGGGUGGCACGUCUCGAUUCCUCUUUAUAUAUUUUAUAUAUAUAAAUAUAUAUGUGUAUAUAUAUAUAAUGAUCUCUAUUUUAAAACAAGCUUUCUAAGCAGCUGUACGAAAUAAAUGCUGAGUGAGCCCCAGCCCGCCCCUGCA